GUCUGUGAAAACCUGCGGAAGUUGGAGAUCACAGGGGUGUCCUGUCGAGAUGUUUAUGCCAAACGUAUAAACCCACGAGUGAAGUCGGGGCGUUUUAUGAAAAUCCUUCCCGACUACGAGCACAUGGAGUACAGAGAUGUUUACACCUGCCUGCUGCACCGAUACCGGCACAUCCUGGGAUUAUGGCAGCCAGACAUCGGGCCCUAUGGGGGACUUCUGAAUGUGGUGGUAGAUGGUUUGUUCAUCAUUGGGUGGAUGUACUUACCACCUCAUGACCCUCAUGUUGAUGAUCCGAUGAGAUUCAAACCUCUCUUCAGGAUUCAUCUGAUGGAGAGGAAAUGUGCAACGGUUGAGUGUAUGUAUGGUCAUAAGGGACCUCAUAACGGCCAUAUCCAGAUAGUAAAGAAGGAUGAGUUCUCCACGAAAUGCAACCAGACAGAUCACCAUCGGAUGUCAGGGGGAAGGCAAGAGGAGUUCCGGACAUGGCUGAGGGAAGAGUGGGGCCGGACUCUGGAAGACAUCUUCCAUGAGCACAUGCAAGAGCUCAUCUUGAUGAAGUUCAUCUAUACCAGUCAAUAUGACAACUGCCUGACGUACCGACGCAUCUACCUCCCCCCUAGCAGCCCUGAUGACCUUAUAAAGCCAGGUCUCUUCAAAGGAACCUAUGGGAGCCACGGGCUGGAGAUUGUCAUGUUAAGCUUUCAUGGAAAGAAAGCAAAGGGGACUAAAAUCACUGGAGAUCCCAACAUCCCAGCUGGACAGCAGACUGUGGAGAUCGACCUGGCACAUCCUCUGCAGCUGCCUGACAUCGAGAACCUCCGUGAUUUCAGUGAGCUGUCCCGCAUUGUCCUGGAGGUGCAGGAGCAGGUGCGGCGGGAGGAGCAGGAGGAGGAGCACGGGCAGGAGGAAGAGGACAACUCCCCACAGCCUGCAUCCCAGCCUGCUGCAGUGCCCCUGGGAGGAGAAGGUGCUGAGGGGGAAGAGACUGUGGCUGGGGCACAGGGGACAACCCAGGACAAGGCACCAGCUUCCCAGCCCUUCGUGCUGCCCAUGGGAGUCAUAUCCAGGAAUGAAGACUAUCCCCGGACCUGCCGAAUUUGUUUCUAUGGGACAGGGCUCAUUGCUGGGCACGGCUUCACCAGCCCCGAGCGCACCCCGGGGGUCUUUGUGCUCUUCGAUGAUGAUCGCUUUGGGUUCAUCUGGCUGGAGCUCAAGUCCUUCAGCCUUUACAGCAGGAUCAAGGUCUCCUUCCAGAAUGCCCAAGCACCUUCCCGUGAGGCUUUUGAUGAGAUGCUGAAGAACAUUCAGUCACUGGCUACUUGAUGGGUCGGUUGUGAUGGACAGGGCUAGGGGUUGCAAAGGCUGCUGCACUCCCCAGCCAGAGCUGGGAUGGGGAUUCCUUGCUCUUGGUACCUCUGAAUUAAAGCAUGCACUUUUAAUAAAGCCUUUUUACCCC